AUGGAUUAUACAACUCGCCUCUUCUCUCACGGUCCAGAUGAUGCGUCCGCGGACCGUCCGGCCUUGGUGGACGCCGACUGCCCGGCGCGCCACAUCUCGCGGCGCCAAUACAAGUCUGCCGUAAAACGCAUAGCCGUCGGUCUUGCAAAUCUCGGCGUGGCAGACCAGGACGGUGUCGGGCUUCUCAGCGACAAUGACAUUUACUAUUAUGUUCUCGGCGACGGCGCCGUGGCCGCGGGCGCCGUAUACGCCGGCAUCCCAACCUUUGUCAAGCAGGCCGAGCUGGCCACCGCCAUCCAGACUGCUGGGAUCAAGUGGCUAUUUGCCGCGCCCGCGUUUCUGGAGCUCGCCCUGGCCACGGUGCACGACCUGGGCCUGCCGUCAAGCAUGGUGCUCGUCUUUGACCCCCCGGGCCUGGAGCCCUACACCGGCGCGCAGGCCAGCUUGAGCAAGCUCAUGCACGGCGCGGACGAAGCGAGCUUCCGCAAUGCUAACGAGGGCAAGGACCCGGCGACGCGUGAAGCUUUUCGCUUCUUCACGAGCGGGUCGACAGGGUCAGUCAAGGCGGCCAUCAUCAGCCACCAGGCGUCCGUUGUACGAGCCAACCUCGUUUCCUCCAUGCCCGGCAUGGACAAGCCUUUCUUGCUCAUGAUUGGCAUGUUUCACAUCAGCGGCAUUUUGCUUCACAUGGGUGCCUGCGUAGGCGGCUAUUCUGGCUACAUUUGCAAAGGCGAUGACGCGACUACCGUCAUUGACAAGAUCCAUUCGCUGGGCAUUGGCGCCACCAUGAUCACCCCCCGACUCAUGGAAACCAUGACCGCGUUGCCUGACUCGGCUGAGCUGCGUCGCCGCUUGGCCUCGCUACAGCAAGUUUCCUUUGCCGGGGCGCCUUGCCGACAAGAAACCGUCACCAGCAUCAGGAGGAUGCUCCCCGACAACGCGAAGCUGAUGACUGGGUAUGGUGCAACCGAGUUGCCCGGGAUUUGCUCAAUCGUAAUUGAUGACAACUGGGUUACUGGCUGUGUAGGCCGGGUCGCAUCUUGCACGACUGUUAGGAUCGUGGACCCCGACACUCUACAAGAGGCGCCACCCGGUGCCGCUGGAGAGGUAUGCGCUCGCAGCCCAGCCUCGUUCAGCGGAUACUACAACAAUGCAGAGGCAACCGUAAAGGCUUUUCUACCAGGCGAGCCUGGCUGGGUUCGCACAGGCGACAAGGGUAUUGUAGACCCGGAUACAGGCCUUCUCACGCUGCUGGGACGCUUCAAGGAAAUCUUCAAGGUUCGGUAUGAGGAAGUUUCGCCGACCGAGGUGGAGAGCGUGCUUCUACAAAACGGCGACGUUACCGACGCUCUGGUGACGUCCACGCAGGCUCGAGAUGAUGAUAAAGAUAGAGAGUGCUUGGCAUAUGUGGUUCGACGGGCUGACGCGCAGCUGACCGCCCAGCAGGUUGUCGAUUUUGUUGCGUCCAAGCUCGCGGCACAUAAAGCUCCGACUGGUGGUGUUUUGUUCUGCGACAAGAUUCCGCGCGGAACAAUGGGCAAGCCGCUGAAGAGCGAGCUGGACAAUGUGGUGCCUCUACCUGAUUCAGCGAGGUUUCUUACACUUCCUGCUCAGUAG